CCCGGAGGGAGGCGGUGAUGGCCCGCGCCCCAGGACCUGCGCCAGCAAGCCCGCGCCCUCCCGAGCCCGCCUGGAGCAUGCUGCCCGCGGCCGUGAAGGGCCUCGGCCUGGUGCUGCUGGCCACCCUCCUGUGCUCGGCGCCCGCUCAUGGCUUGUGGUGCCAGGACUGCACACUGACCACCAACUCAAGCCAUUGCACCCCAAAGCAGUGCCAGCCAUCGGACACAGUGUGUGCCAGCGUCCGGAUCACCGAUCCCAGUAGCAGCAGGAAGGACCAUUCCGUGAACAAGAUGUGUGCCUCGUCCUGUGACUUCGUUAAGCGGCACUUCUUCUCAGACUAUCUGAUGGGCUUCAUUAACUCGGGGAUCUUAAAAGUGGAUGUGGACUGUUGCGGGGGAGACUUGUGCAACGGCGGCCCGGGGGCGGGGGGCAGUCCCUGGGCCCUGGCUGGGGGGCUCCUGCUCAGCCUGGGGCCUGCCCUCCUCGGGGCUGGGCCCUGAGGCCCUCCCCCUCACCCCCCUGCCCCAGCAGGGCUCCGAGCUUACUGGCCCUGGCCCCUCCCUGAGACGUGAGGCCUCCCUCUCUCCACCAGCUCUGAGUCCCGGCCAGUAGGAUGCCUCCAGGGAACCCAGUGUCUGCAGGAGGCCCCAGGGGAGCGGGCUGGGGGCUGGGACCCCCAGGUCUCUGAGGGGAAGCCAGGCAGAUCCAGGCUGAGCCCAACAGCUUGGCUGCAAGGGCAUCUUCCGCAGAGAAAUAAACUCACUUUUGGUCCAGA